UGUGAGCUAUUCGAACACGUGCGUGUGCGCCGAGGCUAUUGUGAGAGACGCGCAACAAUGUGCGCUUUUUGUGACAAGUCGCGGGAAUUAGAUGCGACCGGACCGGCCAAUGGCCGGUUAUCCAUUCCCGAUUUGAGAACUUUACGGACUUUACGCGGACUCCGACUGAUCCUGAGUACUUCGAGAGAGCGAGUAAGAGAUACGUAUACGCUCGCUUCUAUAAACGAACACAUUGCAGAAAGUGGAUUAUGCCAGACAGAUAAAUACGACGCACAGGUGUGUCAAACAAAUUUGAUUCAAGCCGUGCACUACGUCAAUCUUAUAAUUUUUUUCGUAAUCAAAAUUACGCAAACCUCAAGAUCUCGAAGGACAUUACUUUCUAACUUCUUGAUUUUCAAAAGAUUGACAGCAGAAAAUGUGAUUGAAAUUGGUGAAAUUGAUGAAUAUAAUAGACAGAAAGGGCAAGACGCGGAAGUUUGGCGAUCGAGUGACGAGGAAAGUGAAGAAAGUGAAAAAGCUGACAUGGUUAUGCGAGAGGAUCGGACCGAGAACGAGGAUAAGAGGUGCUGCCCGGAUGACCUCGGCCGCUGCGGUGCAGCAGGUACGUGGGAGCUGCAACCGGAUCAGUCCACCCAUCCAGGCCCCCUGUCGGCGUGA